CUCCAUGUUUCAGAGACACGAAGCCAUCUUUACGCAAAAACCUCUCACUCUGCGUUUCUAAUGGCGACUGUUCUUACUACAGCCAUUGAUGUCUGCUUCAAUCCCCAAAAUUCAGACACAAAGAAACACAGUCUAUUCUUAAAGCCUUCUCUUUUAAGACAAUCUCGUACCAGAAAACUCAACAUUUCUUGUAGUUCUUUGAAACAACCUAAAACCCUAGAAGAAGAACCAAUCACCACAAAAACCCCAUCUCUCUCUGAGCAACUCAAGCCUCUCUCUGCAACAACACUCAGACAAGAGCAAACCCAAAUCUUGUCUAAACCGAAAUCUGUCUGGGUCAAUCCAACAAGACCCAAAAGGUCAGUUCUUUCACUUCAGAGACAAAAACGUUCUGCUUACUCUUACAAUCCUCAAAUAAAGGAUCUUAGGGCUUUUGCUCAGAAGCUCAACAGUUGUAAUUUCACUGAAAAGUCUGAGUUUUUAUCUCUUCUCGAUGAAAUUCCUCAUCCACCAGAUAGAGAUAACGCAUUGCUUGUGCUAAACAGUUUGAGAGAAUGGCAAAAGACUCAUACUUUCUUUAAUUGGGUUAAAUCCAAGAAUUUGUUUCCCAUGGAAACAAUAUUUUACAAUGUUUCAAUGAAAUCUCUGAGAUUUGGGAGGCAGUUUCAGCUCAUUGAGGAGAUGGCACUUGAAAUGGUGAAGGAUGGUGUUGAGCUUGAUAACAUUACUUAUUCGACAAUCAUCACUUGUGCCAAAAGGUGCAAUCUUUACGACAAAGCUAUUGAAUGGUUUGAGAGAAUGUAUAAAACAGGGUUGAUGCCUGAUGAGGUCACUUACUCAGCGAUUCUUGAUGUUUAUUCCAAGUUAAGAAAAGUUGAGGAGGUUCUUAGUUUGUAUGAAAGAGCGGUGGCUACGGGUUGGAAACCCGAUGCUAUAGCGUUUUCUGUGUUGGGGAAAAUGUUUGGUGAAGCAGGGGAUUAUGAUGGGAUUAGGUAUGUUUUGCAAGAGAUGGAAUCUAUGGAUGUGAAGCCUAAUGUGGUUGUUUAUAAUACUUUGUUGGAAGCUAUGGGGAGAGCUGGGAAACCGGGUUUGGCGAGGAGUUUGUUUAAUGAGAUGCUUGAGGCGGGUUUAACUCCGAAUGAGAAAACUUUGACAGCUCUUGUGAAGAUUUAUGGGAAAGCGAGGUGGGCGAAAGAUGCUCUUCAGUUGUGGGAGGAGAUGAAGGCGAAGAAGUGGCCAAUGGAUUUCAUUUUGUAUAACACGUUGUUGAAUAUGUGUGCUGAUAUUGGAUUGGAGGAAGAAGCGGAGAGGCUGUUUAAUGAUAUGAAGGAGUCUGUGCAAUGUAAACCUGAUAAUUUUAGUUACACAGCGAUGCUGAAUAUAUAUGGGAGUGGUGGAAAAGCGGAAAAGGCGAUGAAAUUGUUUGAAGAGAUGUUAGAAGCUGGGGUUCAGGUUAAUGUGAUGGGGUGCACUUGUUUGGUUCAAUGCUUAGGGAAAGCUAAAAGGAUCGAUGAUUUGGUUUAUGUGUUUGAUCUCUCGAUUCAAAGGGGAGUUAAGCCUGACGAUAGGCUCUGUGGGUGUCUGCUUUCAGUUAUGGCCUUGUGUGAGAGUAGUGAAGAUGCUGAAAAGGUUAUGGCUUGUUUGGAGCGAGCUAAUCGGAAGCUGGUGACAUUUGUGAAUCUGAUUGUAGAUGAGAAAACCGAAUUUGAGACCGUAAAAGAAGAGUUCAAGUUAGUGAUCAACGCAACCCAAGUAGAGGCAAGAAGGCCCUUCUGCAACUGCUUGAUAGAUAUAUGCAGAGGCAAGAAGCGGCAUGAGAGAGCUCAUGAGCUUCUCUAUUUAGGAACACUUUUUGGUCUAUACCCGGGACUACACAACAAGACCAUAAAAGAAUGGAGCUUAGACGUGAGGUCAUUAUCAGUUGGUGCAGCUGAGACCGCUCUCGAAGAGUGGAUGAGAACACUUGCCAACAUCAUUAAACGCCAAGAGGAUCUUCCCGAGCUGUUUUUGGCGCAAACUGGGACAGGAACUCACAGAUUCUCACAGGGAUUAGCAAACUCUUUCGCCUUGCAUUUGCAACAACUCUCUGCACCAUUCAGACAGAGCGAUAGGGCAGGUAUCUUUGUGGCUACAAAGGAGGAUUUGGUGUCAUGGUUGGAAUCAAAGUUUCCACCUUUAGUUACUUCUCAAGCAUGAAAUAUCAUCCUCUGUUAUCCUAAACUAAAAAGCAACAUUAUUUUUCCCAGUAAAGUUGUUUAUAAUUG